AUGUCGAGCCAACCGCCUUCAACCCCAGUCAAAGUGCCGCCCUCGGCCGCAAAUCACUCUGCAGCAACUUUAGAUCCUGAACUCCGGUCACAAAUCAAUACAUUACUACUAAAGGAUGGCCAUGUCACGAAAAUCCAGGAACAUCUCCUUCAUAGUCUCCAUGCGAAUCAAGCAAAUUGGCCGACCAUUAUACAGAACCAUGCCCUGAACCUUCUCCGCACGGGCGAGGUCACAACAUUUCCAGCACUACUCAGCCGUGUCCUUGACGACGUUCGCCAGGACACACUGAACCCACCUGCCACCUCUGCCUCCCCAUCCACAGCUAAGACCAACGGCACAAGCGACAAGGAUAAGAAGACCAACGGCACCUCUGCAUCCGAUCCCAACGCCCCAAACAACCUGGCUAUCCCGACUGCUGUUGUCGAGGAGGCUAUCAAAGUUACACGCGAGAGUUUAGAGGCCGUAUGCGAGAUCGAUGAUGCAAGUGGAAGUUGA